AUUGGAGACCACCAAGUGGCCCAAGGCAUGUGGCUACUGUCAUGUGGCAACUGCGGUGGGAGUGUGAGAAGGAGCCACUUAGCUAGGAGGUUCACCUACCAUCCCAAAUGUUGUUUUUCCAGUUCUUCACAAGCGUCACACCCUAGGUGCCCAUGCCCUAGGGAAUACUUGUGGAGUCUUCAUUCCACAGUCAGAGGCCCCAGUGGCAAAAAGGAAAGGCAAAACUUGGAGAAUACAUUUUAGAAAAAGUGUUACCUGGUUAUAGAAAUCCCUGUUGCCACCUACAUCCCUGUGGAUUACUGCAAGACACAGUAAAUAAAACCAAAUGGAACAGUGGGGAGCUUGACAUUUGAAUAAAAGGAAAUUCUCAUUUGAGCUCAAAGGAGAACCUGAGGGAAGGAUUGUUGGCUUCAUUUACAUUCAGACCCCUGAAGCUGGGGACACCCAACACUUUGGGAAGACAGUAACCAUGGAGGCUGGUGGACUCCCACUGGAGCUGUGGCGCAUGAUCUUCGCCUACCUGCACCUUCCUGACCUGGGCCGCUGCAGUGUGGUUUGCAGGGCCUGGUAUGAACUGAUCCUCAGCCUGGAUAGCACCCGCUGGCGACAACUAUGUCUGGGUUGCACUGAGUGCCGCCACCCCAACUGGCCUAACCAGCCUGAUGUGGAGCCUGAGUCUUGGCGAGAAGCUUUCAAGCAGCAUUACCUGGCCUCCAAGACCUGGACCAAGAAUGCCUUGGACUUGGAAUCCUCUGUCUGCUUUUCUCUGUUCCGAAGGAGGAAGGAGCGGCGCACCCUCAGUGUGGGUCCAGGCCAUGAGUUUGACAGCCUGGGUAGUGCCUUGGCCAUGGCCAGCCUGUAUGACCGAAUUGUGCUGUUCCCGGGUGUAUACGAAGAACAAGGUGAAAUCAUCCUGAAGGUACCCGUGGAGAUUGUGGGCCAGGGGAAGUUGGGCGAGGUGGCCCUGCUAGCCAGCAUUGACCAGCACUGCUCAACCACACGCCUGUGCAACCUGGUCUUCAUGCCAGCCUGGUUCUCCCCCAUCAUGUACAAGACCACAUCAGGUCAUGUCCAGUUUGACAACUGCAAUUUUGAGAAUGGACACAUCCAGGUCCAUGGCCCUGGGACCUGCCAGGUGAAGUUCUGCAUCUUCAAAAACACCCAUGUCUUCCUGCACAAUGUGCCCCUGUGUGUCCUGGAAAACUGUGAAUUUGUGGGCAGUGAAAACAACUCGGUGACGGUGGAGGGUCACCCGUCAGCAGAUAAGAACUGGGCCUAUAAGUAUCUACUGGGGCUUGUCAGAUCCUCUCCCACCCUGAUCCCCAAAGAGGACACAGACUUUUUAAUGUCCCUGGACCUGGAGAGCCGUGACCAGGCCUGGAGCCCAAGGACCUGUGAUAUUGUCAUCGAGGGCAGCCAAAGCCCCACCAGCCCAGCCUCCAGCUCCCCAAAGCCAAGCUCCAAGGCUAGUUCCCAGGAGGCCGAAGUGGUGGGCAGCGAUGGGGAAAGGGUGGCCCAGACCCCAGACAGCAGCGAUGGAGGCCUGAGUCCCAGUGGUGAGGGUGAGGAGGAGGAGGAGGAACAGCUCACGUACAGGUUGUCCUACCAGGUGCAGGGCCCGCGUCCUGUCCUAGGGGGUUCCUUUCUAGGCCCACCACUGCCAGGAGCCUCCAUUCAGCUGCCCAGCUGCCUGGUGCUGAACUCUCUGCAGCAGGAGCUACAGAAGGACAAGGAGGCCAUGGCUCUGGCCAGCUCUGUGCAGGGUUGCCUCAUCCGCAAGUGCCUCUUCCGGGACGGAAAAGGAGGCGUCUUUGUCUGCUCCUAUGGCCGGGCCAAGAUGGAAGGAAACGUCUUCCGCAACCUGACUUAUGCAGUGCGGUGCAUACAUAACAGCAAGAUUGUCAUGCUCAGGAAUGACAUUUAUCGCUGUCGGGCAUCAGGCAUUUUUCUUCGCUUGGAGGGAGGAGGCCUGAUCGCAGGCAACAACAUUUACCACAAUGCGGAAGCUGGUGUCGACAUCCGGAAACGGUCCAACCCACUCAUACUGUGUAACCAGAUCCACCACGGCCUUCGUUCUGGCAUUGUUGUCCUUGGCAAUGGGAAAGGCAUCAUCAGGAACAACCAAAUCUUUUCAAAUAAAGAGGCUGGCAUUUAUAUCCUGUACCACGGAAAUCCAGUUGUAAGUGGGAACCACAUCUUCAAGGGCCGUGCAGCUGGCAUAGCAGUGAACGAGAAUGGCAAAGGCCUCAUCACAGAAAAUGUCAUCCGGGAGAAUCAGUGGGGAGGUGUGGACAUCCGCCGGGGAGCCAUCCCGGUCCUCAGGAGCAACCUCAUCUGCUUUGGCUACUCAGACGGUGUGGUCGUGGGAGAUGAAGGCAAAGGAUUGAUAGAAGGGAAUACCAUCUAUGCUAACAAGGGCUGUGGUGUUUGGAUGAUGUCGUCCAGCCUGCCCCACGUCACCAGCAAUCACGUGAGCUACAAUGGCCUAUAUGGAGUGGCUGUGUUCAGCCAGAAGGACGGCAUCAGCGAGUUCCCUGGAGGCCAUGGGGCCCAGGAGAACUUCAGUGAGGACGGGGAUGCCAUCCUCUGGGAGACAGAGCUGGAGAAGGAGGACGACCCGCUGUGCCGGCCCAUCACCAUCGCUCUGGUGGAGUCGAACAGUAUUAAUCACAAUGGAGCUUCCGGACUCUAUGUCCAGAGCAGCGAGGUGCUGCACGUCAUCUCCAACGUGAUCCACGCCAAUGGGGACAGAGGCAUCUCUGUGGCCCAGAGUGGCCAACUCACCCGCGUGGCCAACAACAGCAUCUCCUGCAACCGCCAGAGCGGAGUCAAGGUGGAGACCCAGUGCAAGGUGGAGCUCCGGGGCAAUGGCAUCUAUGACAAUAGGGGCCAUGGAAUCAUCACCAAGGGCGAGAGCACCGUUGUUGUGGAAAAUGACAUCAUUGGCAACCGCGGCAGCGGGCUGCAGUUGCUGCCCAGGUCUGACACUAAGGUCAUAAAGAACCGAAUCCACUCAUUCCGGGCCUAUGGCAUCGCUGUGCGGGGCCGUGCCAAGGCCCUGGUGCAAGAGAACAUCAUCUUCCAGGGCAAGACCAACAAGACCAUCUUUCAGCAAAUCACAAACAACCGAGAGUGCAUUAUGCAGAACAACAAGUUCCUGGUCUUCAAGAAAAAGUCUGAUACAUGGCGCCUGGUGAACCCCCCAGCACGGCCUCAUCUUGAAAACUCUCUCAGGGGCCCCUCUGCAGCCCACAGUGGGCAGAAGGUGGCAGCCAUGGCAACCAGAAUCACAGCCCGUGUGGAAGGUGGUUACCACAGCAACCGCAGCAUUUUCUGCACCAUCCUGUAGGGCUGGAGACCUGACAAAAGCCCUCUGACUGGAAGUAGUGCCCGGGAAGACUCGCAGGCCCUCCCCUCUUAAUCACCGCCACCCUGGCAAAGCAGGUCCCAGGCCAAAGUAUCUCCAGACUCUUCAGAUCAGCCAGGAAUCAACUUGGAAGCACUUUCCAAGGAGAAAAUGGAACAGGACUUAGAGCUUUCCCAUCACGCCAGCAUAUAAAGGUUAUGAAGAGUUGAGGAAACUUACAUCGAAGCUCUUAUUUAGGUCAGAAUUCUUGUUACAGGAAACCUUGCUUUUUAUACACACCAAACCAGGGAGGAGCAGGUGGACUUCUGAUUCUGGUGAGGUAGAGACACUUCCCCCUCUCCUGGACCUGACCUUCCUUUGUCCCUCCAAGGGCCGCACAGCCUCCCAUCUGCCUCUGGAAGCCAUGAUUGCAUUUAGUUUACUGAAGGAAAUAGACUUGGACAUAGCUUUGUGAGUAGAGGAGCCUCUCUUAAAAGGCUGCCCAGGGCUGACAUGGAGACUGGUGGCUUUCUUCAGGUGUGCAGGCAGGUGCUAGUUCAGGGCAGGGCAGGAAGGCAAGACGCUCAGGACAUUAGCUCCAUUCCUGCCACAGGAUGCCCUGUGAGCAACCACAGCAGCUGUCUUUGCUGGCUCCAGCUUGUCCAGAUGGAGGUUUGGGGGUCUUCACCUGUCCACGUUCUCAUGGAUGAGCAGCUGCCUUUACUGACCCCAUCAUGUUGCCUAUUCUGUGCCUUGGCUCAGCUUUCCUUGUCCUGGCAUGCCUUUCCCUGCCCAUCUCCUGGUGUGCAGGCCCUACCCAUUCCUCAAGUUAGCUCAGACACUGCCAUCUCUACCCGGUUCUCCCCCUUGCGCCCAAGGAUCACAUCUCCCCCCCUGAGCCUCAGCAGCCCUCUGUGCUCCCUCAGGGCACUGAGCACUUUCUGCCUUGUCAUGGAACUAUUCGGGUCCACACCCCACCCCAAUCACUUGCCUGUGAACUCUGAAGGUAGGGCCACCCACCUCUGACUGUGUCCCUAAGUCCCAACCUAGAGCUGGGGUAAAGUUAGUGGCCUGAGUGAGGCAGCCAGCUCCCAAGGGCUUUACUAACCUGUACUGUGAAUGUUUCGGAAGCAGGUGGGCUUGGACCCUACUGCCUAAAGGUGGCUGGCUGGAUGCAAGGCCAGCUCAGCCUCAAUGAUCUCCCUCCUGCUCAGCCUUUAAUGCAGGGCCUUCAUCAGCCUGUUGGGGUCACUGUCUUACUUACCCCUGGUCCAGGUGGCUUCCCAGGCUGGUUCUGCCAGGCCCUAGGUGCUGCUCCGGUGGGUGGGUGGGAGGGCAGGAACACUGGCUUCUCCCUGAAGACUCUGGACAAGAGCACUGAUCACCCCUAUCCCCAGCACUGUCCUUUGCACUUGGUGGCCCCAAUGUGAGUCGCUGUAUAAAAUGCUGCCUUUAUUAUUUUGUAUGAAAUGACUUUUCUGUGAACCAGGUACUUACGAAAAUCUCAAUAACCAAAAUAAAGUUCUAUAUUCUUGAUUU